UUGAGGGUGGGAAUAAAGAAAGCACACAGAAACAGAGCAGGACUCUCAUGUGAUCAGUGCUCAGUCUGUCUGUCCGGCUGUUUGGUUUGGAGAGUUUCUCUGUCCUGACCAGUAAUUACAUCAUUAAUUAAUUACAUCAGCAAUGCGGGUCACAUCACUUCCAGGCAUGGAUGAUCUGUAACCGGAGACAUCAGAGUGGACAUAGAGCCGAUUAAUGACAGUGUUGGAAAACUGCCUAUUCCGACUUUUGAGUCAGAAGGAACUCUGGGUACGGAACAGUUCCCGGUAAACGCUGCUCUCAUAUAACGACUGGGGAAAGCAGAGCGUUCCAUGGCAGGCGACGGACGGGAAUGUAACGAUGCGACGCGUGCAACUUAUUUCUGAUGAAUUCCCCACGUGUGCGCGCGAAUGAGUGUGUGCGGAGGAGAGUGGCCACCCCGCAAUUCCCACGCGCGCCUAUAAUAACGCGCCGCGCAUGGACGCAGCACACUCGGCCACCGGCGCGCGCUGACCGACAAACACAAGCGGACCGCUCUUGAGCAACUUUAACACUGAAACACCGAGCUGGAGAAAGUGAUUAUUAUUAUUAUUAUUAUUAUUAUUUUCGCACUCUGAGAUUAACCCGCAGGAGAACACUGCUCGGAACUGUGUGUGGUCGUCGGUGCACCGAUUUGUGUCUUCUAAAAAUGCGUGUGCUCCGAGUUGUGCUCGUCGUCAUGGGGCUCGCUCUGUGCAUGUGCGAUACGCGUGGUACUGAGAGCGUGUGGGCGGACACGGACAGCACCCAGAGCUACCACAGCCUGUUCACCCAGAUCUUGAAGAUGGUACGGAACGCACAGGACGGCGGCGGAGAGCUCGCGCAGGCCACCGCCGAUAGGGAGAGCAAGCAUCAUCAACAGCAGACGAAGAGCGGGGAUCAGAUCCUGGAAAUCUUUCCCAGGGACCUCAGAAAGAAGGAGAAGUUUUUAAAGCACUUAACAGGGCCUCUAUACUUCAGCCCGAAGUGCAGGAAACAUGUCUAUAGGCUCUACCACAACACCAGAGACUGCACCAUUCCUGCAUAUUAUAGGAGAUGUGCGCGGCUUCUCACACGGCUAGCCGGGAGUCCGAGGUGCCUAGAGAGCUAACUUCAACCAGGCAAUCUUUCGGUUCAAGCCAAACCAGAGGAGGAAGGAAAAACAAAUCAUCAGCAAGUGCCUUUUGGACAAGACCGACCUUCGCCGUCCCAUCAAUUCAGCAAAUCACGUCUAGGAUACGACUUCGCCACCGCAGAGGUCACACGGACUGACGAAAGAACCGAUGGAGAGCCUCACGGACACGAUGGCGAAGAAGAAAAAUGGAUGUAUUCGUCAUAAACUUGCCUGAGAUGCCAACCCGACGGAGCCGCAUCACAAUGCUUUCGAAACUUAAGACAGGAAUCCGAUGAAUCUCCUCGUUCCAAGAGAAACGGAUUUGCCUCGGGUUUAUAUUCUGUCCCGAUAAAGAUAACGACGCCCUCGAUGUCAUUAUUUCGCCAUCGGUGACUUCCGAGCGUGGCAAAGAUGAAAGACGGUGUUUAUUUCCCGAUCAGGGAUUUCCUGCUUCCUAAAACAUAACCACUAACUUAUUUCCAUCCCAACGCUUUUCAUCUCUCCAGCACAUGUCUGUGAAAUGGCCAGAUGUUUGCUGACCAGAAUAUGUGUGUGUGUGUGUGUGUGUGUGUGUGUGUGGAAUAGGAAAUAUAGUCCAUAUAUUUUGAUGUACAUGAUUUAUAGAGGUACAAACCAAAAAAAAAAAAUCAAUGUGUAAAUACUGUACAUAAAGGAGACAUAAAAUCCCUGUAAUGAGCGUAAGGCUAUACGUGUCUGCCAGAUCAGUGAAGUGUUGGGAUGUGUAGAAAUAUUUAAGAGGAAGUAUAUUUAAAUAAAUUAUAUGAUUGGUAC